GUAAAAAUUAUCGAUGGCAAGUGUGUCUAUUGCCACCCAAACAAGCUCUCGAAAUAUAAGAGCCUCAUUUCUGUUUUGGUCCUCUCCACUUCUCACAGUCGCAGAAUCAGUUAUUUUUUGGACAUCACACAAAUGCCGGGUCUUCGUGCGCCAUUCGAUUACUCCGAUGAACCACCUCGUCAUUCUUCUCUCAAAAUUAAUUCUAAGGAGCCUUUCAAUGCAGAACCACAUCGAUCCGGCCUCAUAUCAUCCUAUGUGACUCCGGUGGAUUUGUUUUACAAAAGAAACCAUGGACCUAUACCUGUUGUUGAUGACAUUGAAAGAUAUCGUCUUUCUGUGGUGGGUUUAGUCAAUAUCCAAAGGGAGUUGUUCAUGAGAGAUAUACAGAACCUGCCGAAGUACACAGUGACAGCGUCAUUACAGUGUGCAGGGAAUCGCAGGACAGCAAUGAGCAAUAAAAGAAAAGUGAGAGGAGUUGGAUGGGACAUUUCUGCCAUAGGAAAUGCUGUGUGGGGUGGAGCUAAACUGGCAGAUUUGCUUGAACUUGUUGGCGUUCCUAAGCUAUCAAGUACUACACCAAGUGGGGGAAAACAUGUUGAAUUUGUUAGUGUUGACAGGUGCAAGGAGGAGAAUGGAGGUCCUUAUAAGGCAUCGAUUCCUUUAAUCCAGGCAACUAAUCCCGAAGCAGAUGUAUUACUUGCAUAUGAAAUGAAUGGAGAGCCACUUAACAGGGAUCAUGGUUAUCCAUUACGUGUAGUCGUCCCAGGUGUUAUUGGUGCACGUUCAGUCAAAUGGUUGGAUUCCAUUAAUGUGAUUGCUGAAGAAUGUCAGGGCUUCUUCAUGCAAAAGGAUUACAAAAUGUUCCCUCCUUCAGUUAAUUGGGAAAAUAUAAACUGGUCAACAAGGAGGCCUCAAAUGGAUUUUCCUGUUCAGAGCGCCAUAUGUUCAUUAGAAGACUCCAAUGUUCUGAAGGAUGGCAAGGUCACAGUCAAGGGAUAUGCUGUAUCUGGUGGAGGGCGUGGGAUUGAAAGAGUUGAUGUAUCGAUAGAUGGAGGCAAAACAUGGAUUGAAGCCUCCAGAUAUCAGAAAUCAGGUGUUCCAUAUGUUGCAGAUAGUGCUCAUAGUGACAAGUGGGCAUGGGUGUUUUUUGAGGCCAAUUUCGAAGUGCAGCAUAGUGCUGAGAUUGUUGCUAAAGCGGUGGAUAUUGCCGGAAACGUGCAGCCAGAAAAUGUAGAUAGUAUCUGGAAUCUAAGAGGAAUUCUGAACACCUCAUGGCACAAGGUCAAUGUUAGAGUUGGUCACUCAAGUAUGUAAUGUCUCAGAUUCUCCCAUCAUUAUGUCUAGGUUGCCAAAAUUGUGCGCGACAGAGUUGUAACUCUCGGGUCUUGACUCAACUAAAUCAUCCAUCCGCAAAUAACAUGUUACGCUACUAUGAAGAGUUCUGUAUGCAUACUGUAUGUAAUCGUUUGUGGUUUACUUUUUGGUGCUGGAAUAUAGCUGAUGGAGCACGUAUGUAAUAAACCACCGUGUUCUCGGUUUUUAGCACAAGGCAAGUUUGAAGUCUUGGAUGCUGCCGAGUUUUUCUUGAAAGUCCUAUUCUUGUGAUGUUUCUUUUGUUUAAUUACUGUUUUCUGAAGUUUGAUUGAAGAUGUAUUUAUAGGAUGGAAGUGAUGAAUCUCUAUUAAUUGAUGCAUAGGUCGGAUUGUCCUGAAA